UCCGGUCGGCGCUCGGCGGUCGGCCAUUAUUUACCAGAGAUCACAUUUAUCGGCUACACGACGCUGCUAAUAAUUAAUGAAUUAAUUUAUAUUUUCCACAUUAACUCUCCGAAAAUUUCAGUGGAAAAACGAAAAGAGAAUUGGAGAUACGAGCAAAACUUAAUAUUAAAUUAUUCCUGCCUUAAAAUUGUUUAAAAGAUGGCUGAAGUAUCCGAAGUGCCUACCACUCCAACGGAAUUAUUGGCAGUGGGUCGCCGACAUCUGGCCGUGAGGGACUAUGGAGCGGCUGUCGAGAGCUUGGCUAAGGCUUGUGAGGAACUAGCCAAGGAACAUGGUGACACUGCCGACCAAUGUGCUGAGGCGUAUUUAUGGUAUGGUAAAGCUCUUCUUGGUUUGUCGAGGGAAGAAAAUGGUGUCCUUGGUGAUGGUAUGCCAGGAACAAACAAUGCUGAAGAAGAUGAUGAUGAAAAUGAUGAACAAGAAGAAAAUGGAGAUGACGAUGCUAUGGAAGGACAGAGUGAAGCUAAUGGAGAUGUAACGGAGAAAGAGAAAGAAGUGGAACAGGGGGAAGUGGAGUCCACAACGAAAGAUGAAGCAGAGGCAGAGGCUCCAGAACCAGAGAGUAGCACACAGGAUGAACAGCCUGGUACAUCAAAUGGAGAGGCAAAUGAUGAAUCAAUGGUGAACCUUGACAAUGAAGAUGAUGUUGACAAUCUACAGUUGGCUUGGGAAAUGUUAGAUCUCGCCAGAAGCAUACUGGAGCGUCGUGCGCAGUCGAAAGCGGAAGCAGCUCGUACAUUAUUAGCUGAUGUCCAUCUUGCGCUUGGUGAAGUUGCUCUCGAGAGUGAAACGUAUGACAAGGCUGUUGUUGAUAUGCUAAGCUGUUUGGAAAUUCAAAAGGAACUGUACCGCAGUGAUGAUAGGCGCAUCGCUGAAACACAUUAUCAAAUUGGUCUCGCAAACUCCCUCGCGUCAAACUUCGAAGACGCGAUCACGCACUUCAAGAACGCGGCGAACAUUCUAGAAACUAGAAUCAAAUCACUGGAAAGUCCCACCGCAGCAACGGACGAUGCUACAGUCAAGAAAUACUCCUCCGCAGAUCCCUUAUACUCGGUGGAGGGAGAAAUAAAGGAGUUGAAGGAAUUACUUCCUGAGAUUCAAGAAAAAAUUCAAGACAUGAUGGACUAUAAGGCGGAGACCAUAAAAAGAGUACGAGAAACGCUCUGUCCUUCAAAUGGAGAGAAAUCGCAAAGCAACGGAGCCAGUUCAUCAUCAGAGGCCAAACCAAAGCCAGCGGCUUCAGAUAUUUCACAUCUCAUCAAGAGGAAACGCAAGCCCAGUGAAACCGAAGAACCGGCACCGAAAAAAGUCAAUACGUGAAAUAGUUUUAACACCUAUCUAUGUAAAAUAAUUGUGGACUACGCUCUCAGUAAAGAGCCAUUUUUGGUGUGAGUGCUAAAUGACUAAAUUGACACAUACUUAUUAUGGUGUUUGACCAAUUCGUUUGAAUUUAACAUGUUGAUUAUGAAAAUUUACAGGUUAAUGAAAAUAAGCAGGAACAAAAGGUUUCUUAAAAUUGAGUAAUGUUUGAGGAUUCAGAAAUUACUAGAAACUUUAACGAGUCGUUAAACCAUAGACAACUAAUAAAGGUGUAUUGUAUAAGAAUAAUAAUUUUUAAAAGCGUACAACAGUAAUUACAGCUUAUUUGACGAGUGCGUGUUAAUUAUUUUAUAUAGAUGUAAAAGUAAAACCCUUAAAAAGGCUAAAUAUGUAAAUAACGAGACAGCCUAAAUAUGAAAUGAUUAGACCUUAUUUAGUACCUAUUCACUUUAUGCUUGAGAUCAUAAACCUCAUAGGAGACAAAUUUCAUUUAAUUUUUUUUUUAUAAUAUGCACCUGCCAGUCUCAUGCUUUUGGAAAUUUCUCACCCACCUUGACUAAUCACAUAAUAUCCAGGGACAUAUAAAUCUUCAUCUUAUUUCUAACCCCUUAGGAAUAUCUUUAACUAGAUCGAGAAUAAUAUCUUUAUGUUGCAGCUGUCAGACCAAUAACUUCUUAUUAAAAAGAGCAACCUUUCUCUUUCUAGUGGACGGUUUUUCUUUGUGAUGGGUGGCUAAUAGGGCUAGUGAAAAAAUAGACCUAGAAAAGCCCUAUUGUAUAGCUCUAAUAAUGAAUAAUAAUAAUUAAUGUCCUUAUAUUUUUAGUGUAUUUACAAUGUUAGUACAUAGGUUUAAGUGUAACAUUGCCUUAAAAUUAAAAAAUUACAAAUAAAUUAAAACGUGAAUGAUAAAAGAAAAUCUCUUGACUCUGUAUUUAUUCUAAAUUAUUAUUUGAUAAAUUUUUUUGACUGAGAAUUGUAUUGCUUUGUUUUCGCUGAAGGCUAAAAAUGUUUAAUUUGUAAGAUUAGUGAUUAAGAUAAUAUGUAAUUUAAUGUUGUAUUUAAGGUAUUAAACAUACACAUUUA